GAACUCAGAAGUUUGACUUAUUUUUCAUUAGUUCAGAUCAGAAUCGUUUAUAUUAUACAUGAAAAUUUAACAUUGGAUUUGGUUUCACACCUCACUUCACGUUAUUCGUAACUGCGUGAGAUAUUUAAAAAAACUAAAUUCAAGUAUGUAUGGAAUAUAUAAAGUAUGUACGAAGUACAAUCAAACUACAUAUAUGUACAUGUGCAUAUGUACAAAGCAAGUUUCAAAUUUCAAUCCUAACUCUUAACGUUAGACGAUAGUUAGUCGAUAUGUUUGAAUUGCUGUAAACCGACUCGAAUAUCGGUUAAUGUAUCUCAAGUAUCGUGAAGAAAUCGGCCGUAAUUCAGUUAUAGAAAGUAGAAUAGCAUCACCAGGCAUCACCUUGUACUGUAUACAACAAAUUGUAAGAUCGGUUUUAAAAUGAAUUUGUCUCGUGACAUACAGAAAAUAAGGCAGGUACCACUUCCAGAUGAUACCGCCUUGUUCGUACGUCGAAGAGAUUAUAAUGAAAAUCGAGUAUUCAGAAAACCGAAAACUCCACCGAACGCUCAAUUAUUAGAUUUUGAUACUGAUCCUGGUAACAGCAGAUACAAUGCUACAUCUGUACCUCAAGAGAUCUUACAAGAAGAUCAAAUUGCAUCUGCUAUUGAUAAAGUUAAUGGUGGUAUUAACUACUCAAAUGAGGCUAGUGAAAGGCACUGGGAGAAAGAAACUUCAAGUGUUCAUAACAAGGAAGACUUAGAAAAGAGCAAUAUAGCAGUUAAUACGAAAACUAAUAGUGAAUUAAUGAUGUUAGGGAACAGUAACAGUGAAGAAAAUAUUCAGGAUCAAGAAAAUAUUUUAAAGCAAUGUAAACUUCAUAAAAAUGCAGUAGUCAGAGGACUUUUAAAACAGCAGUUGAUAAGAAUAAAUGAUUUAAUGCUACCCUCAGAUACAGAAAUAAAAUCCAACAGAAUCCAGACCGCUUCUCCAAGCACCAAACCCAAAACACAAUUUGUACAAUUAGUUCCUUGCCCUGAGGACCCAGAUGUUUUAAUUCAACCUUUACAAGCUUACGGGCGUAUAGAUGAAACUAAAUAUAAGGAUAUCGACUUUACAGUGCCACGUGUAGGUACUAAGAAAACAGUAACACCGCGAAAGUAUUACACUAAUUUAAAUGAUUCUGAUUUUGAAUUUGUCAAACACUCAAAGAAAUAAUAAUUCAAUAUGAGCAUUGGACAGUAGCAUCUUUUUAGUGAGGAAUUGAAAUUCAUUUUUCAUUUUUUACUGAAUAAAUUUGGAAUUGAAUAAUGGUUAAUGACUUUACGCGACGUUGUAAUAUAUUAUAUAUUACAAUUUCCAAAUUAAAAGACUGAAUAUAUUAGAGAAAUUGACUAUAAUAAAGAAAUUAUAUUGUUUCAAAAGAAACUAUUUUUAAAAAUUUUAUAUAAAUGCUGAAGUCCAUGAAAUCGGAAUGCAAUAUCUUCAUCCGUAUAAUCCAAACAUUAAUUUUUAUGAUUACAAGAAUAUUAUACUUUACGAAAAUUGUAUUUUACGUAUGUGAGCUAAAAUAGUCUGACUCUAGUAUAACAGAGCUUUCCAAACUUUUACAAAGCUUGAAUUUGAAGCUUAGAGAUGCUAAUUCAAUGGAGAAACGUAAUCUUCGUUGAAAACAUCACAAAUUUUUACCGAAAAGUGAAAUCAUGCAUUUGUCCGUUUCUCGUAUACGGGUGACAGAAAAAAUGCGGCAUAUAAGAAUUUAAAACAAAGCAAACAAGAAAAUUAAAUCAUCGUCGUAACAAAUAAUAACGUACUGAUAUAAAUUACUUUUUUCAAAAAUGAAACACUUCUCUGACUCAUUCUAUUUUACCCAAAUUCCAAUAGUUACCUUGAUGAUAGACAUCUUAUUAUACAAUAAAAACAAUAAAAACGUUACAACUACUUUUAAUUGUAAUCGC